AUGAAGGCCACUCUCAUGAUGCUGUUGGCGCCUCUGGCGGCCAUGGCAGCGCCCACCCCCGAUAACUUGGAGGCUCGUCAGGCCAGCCAAAGCAUCGACACUCUGAUCAAGGCCAAGGGCAAGCUCUACUAUGGUGCCUGCACCGACCAGGGCCGUCUCACCUCGGGCAAGAACGCGGCCAUUCUCCAGCAGAACUUUGGCCAGGUCACCCCCGAGAACAGCAUGAAGUGGGAUAGCCUCCAGAGCCAGAGGGGUAAAUUCAACUGGGGCCAGGCCGACUACCUCGUCAACUGGGCCACCACCAACAACAAGACCCUCCGUGGCCACACCUUCCUCUGGCACUCGCAGCUUGCCGGGUGGGUCGGCAACAUCCGCGACAAGAGCCAGUUGACUACGGUUCUCCAGGAGCACAUCACCACGGUCAUGACCCGCUACAAGGGCAAGAUCUAUGGCUAUGACGUCGCCAACGAAAUCUUCAACGAAGACGGCUCCCUCCGCAGCAGUCCCUUCUACAACGUCCUCGGCGAAGACAUGGUCUCGAUUGCCUUCAAGGCGGCCCGCGCGGCUGACCCGGACGCCAAGCUGUACAUCAACGACUACAACCUCGACAGCCCCAACGCCGCCAAGCUGACCAGGGGCAUGGUCCAGCAUGUCAACAAGUGGGUGGCCGCCGGCGUGCCCAUCGACGGCAUCGGCACCCAGGGCCACAUCAGCUCCGGAGGCGGCAACAACCUUGCCGCUGCCAUUAAGGCGCUUGCUGCUGCCAAUAUCAAGGAGGUCGCCGUCACGGAGCUCGAUAUCCAGGGUAACAAUGCGGGUGAUUAUGCUACUAUUACCAAGGGGUGCUUGAGCGAGCCCAAGUGUGUUGGUAUUACUGUUUGGGGUGUGCGCGAUCCGGACUCGUGGAGACCCCAAGGGAACCCCCUCCUUUUCGAUUCCAACUACAACGCCAAGGCUGCGUACACCUCCAUUGUCCAGGCUCUCCAGUAA